CACACUCUCUCUCUUUCUAACUUUACUCUUUGUUCUUCUCAACUCCAACCCAGCAAACAAAACCCAAACCCCCUUGCCACGAUCGAUUUCACCCUCUCACACCGGCAAAAUCACCCCCUCCGAUCAAUUAAUCCCCCCUCUCUUUCAACCAACGGCAUCAUCUUUCACCCCAAGUUUCUCUCGCCUCUGCCUCUUCUCUCUCUCAACUCUGGGAGACCGUGAAAGAGUCAAUAACAGGUCGCCGGAGCAAUAAGCACUAUAAAUUCAAUUUUUUGCCCACCGGUUAAACUCCUUUUUCCAUAUAUAAGAUCUCGAUCCGAAGCGGCGGCCAUGUCCAGCGACGGAACCCUCCCCCGGGAGGUCCUCACCGACGUACUCUCCCGACUACCUGUCAAAUCCCUCUGCCGAUUCAAGUGCGUCUCUCCCUCCUGGAACUCCCUAAUCUCCGACCCCUACUUCGCCAAAACCCACCUCAAUCGAACCAACACCCUCAAAAACCCUAAACACCUCUACCCCAACAAGAUCAUCAUGUCCACCUAUCACAGCCUCUACUCGGUAGACUUCACCAACCUAAACCCGACGAUCACAAAGCUUGAUUUUCCCACGAUGGCACAGCAUGCCGCCGCCGCAGUGCGGAGCUCUUGCGACGGCUUGCUUCUCGCUUCCAACAACGACCGUUCGGUUUUAUUCUUGUUAAAUCCGUCCACUAGAGAAUGUAACAAAUUCCCUCCCCCUCCUUCUGUCCUCGACCCCGUUCAUAAGAUAUGCGGGUCUCAUUAUGGGCUGGGUUACGAUUCUUCCACGGAUAAUUACAAGGUUGUGAUCAUCUCACGGUAUAAUACUCGGUUCUUUCAGUAUAAUACUGAGUUUUCUCAUUCUUUUACGUUGUUGGAUGUCUACUCGCUGGCAACUAAUGCUUGGAGGAGAAUUACCGGUAUCGAUUAUCGCCCCAUGGGAAACUCAGGUGGGGUUUUCUUUAAGGGGUGUAUCCAUGGCCUUUGUUUGAGGGCCUGUUCCCAGGUGAUCUUUGCUUUCGAUUUGUCUGAUGAGGUCUUCAGGGAAGUGCCGCUGCCUGCUUCGUUUAGUGGGUGCAAGAUUUCCUUGUAUGACGUGGCGGUUUUUGGGGGUUCUCUCUGUUUGGUUAGUAGACAGGAAACUAAGGUUUGGAUGAUGAAGGAGUACGGGGUAAGAGAGUCGUGGACUGAAUUUACGGUCAGUUCUGGGUUGCGUACAGCCAAUUUGUUGUGUUUGUUAGCGGAAGACGAAUUUUUGCUGAGAACCACCAAAGAGAAACUUAAGCAGCUGGUUGUGUACAAUCAGAAAAAGGGCAUGGCAAGGGACAUGGUGGUUUGCAGCAUUCCGCCUAGAUUUUCAUUUGAGGGCACCUAUGUGGAGAGCCUCAUCUCUCCUCAUCACGGAAGAGGGAAUGGGAGGCAAUGAAUGAGAAGCUUCUUCUGGUAUUUCUUUGGAAUACAAAGUACUAUGUGCCUUCUUUUGUUGAUAAAUAGUUGUGCGAGCUUCUAUAUUUCAACCUUUCUAGAAGUUGCAAAUCCAUAUAUCCCUUAUUGCCAUUUAUAUAGAUGUGCGUUGGGGCAGGUGGUUCAUGCUCCAAGAAUGUCUUACGGAUCUUCCUAUCCUUUUAGUCACUGUAAUUUUACUUCUUGUAAUUUUGCUGUUCAUUAAUAAAAUUUUCUUUGCUGGUCAAAAAAAAAGGAGAAUGGCUUAUGGAUGUUUUGCUUUGGUGAUGGAUAUUUCAUAUUAGAAUGUGUAAGGUCUUGUGUUGUCUUUACCUGUCCUUAAAUCCUUUGUUUUAUUAUUGUUUUUAGUUAGGUUUCUCCGUUAGUUGUCAUGUUAUGUUUCAUAUGAUAGAUGAUGUUCAUUUAUUGUGUUAAAAUAUUAUUCAAAUUUAAUUUGUGCCUCUCCAUUAGUUGAUUUCAAACAAGUUUUCAACUUCCUGUGUUUUCUUUUUUCAUGUUCAAGCACACUCAAAAAGUUACAAGCUUCAUGUUUAGGUUUGGCUUUGUCAAGUUAAUUAAUGGCCAAUUUUGGUUGAACUGCUUGUCCACUUAUUGAAUUGAGCUUUAAAUGAUCUAAAUACUUUGAUUUGCAGUUGGUCAUAGUUUAAGUUUGAAUAGCUUGAUUGGUUCUACGACCACAAUCUAUAAGUUCAAUUAGUUGACAUAUUCAAAUUUAGUGGAUAUGGAUAAAAAAAAGGGUUAAAUAUCUACUUCCCCCCUAAGCUAUUCCAAUUUUAGUUACUUCCCCCCCGAACUAUCAAUUGAAGUUACUUGCCCCUCCAACUAUGAAAACGUUAUUCCCUUCAUCCAAUCCCUCACUUCAGUCAGACCAAGAUGGUAUUCUUGGAUGGAAAACCUCCAGACCAAACCUUUUGGCGCCCCAAAGGUUGAUUUGGCGCCAAAACAAGGGUAAUAUGGACAUUCAAGCUCAAACCCUACCAAUCUAUUAUAUAUCCUUCUUCUUUGUCUGUAUCUCGGUCCCCAUUCCAAUCCAUUUCACCCUUCCUCUCACUCACUUUCUUCGUCUCUCUCUCUCCCUCCCUCCCUGUUUCUCUCUGUCUCUCCUCCCCCCACAAUGAGCAGCUCUAGCAACUCCAAUCCCAAUCUCAGUCCUAAUGAACAGAUUUGCUUUUGUGGACAAAGGUCUCCAUUGAGGACCUCCUUCACUGAAGAGAACCCAGGACGGAGGUUUGUAGGUUGCAUAAACUACAAGGUAAUGAAAUGAAAUUCUUUUGCUACAUGUAUGCUAAUUCUUGGAAUGAAACUAAUUUUCGGAUUUAAUACAGACAAACUGUAAGUGCAAGUUUUUUGACUGAAUUGAUCCUCCAACUUGCACAAGAGGAAUGGAUUUUGGCAACCAUGUAAUCAAGAUGUUGAGGAAGGUAGAGGCAGAAAAUGUAGCACUGAAGGAGAAAAUGCAAAAAAUAGAAAGGGAAAAUGCAGAUUUGAAGACCUCUGUCUCAGAAAAUGAAGAGGAAAUUGAGUCAUUGAUGAACCUUGUACGAAAGCAAAGUGGAGAGGUGCAACAAUUGUCCAAGCAGAACGAACAAGCAAUCAAGAGAAGUGAGGAUUUGGUGAAUUUGCUGACACUAUCCCACCGGCAAGAAUGGCACUUGAAGCUGAUUGUAUUGGCAUUGGCAUUGGCAUUGGUUGUAAUUUGUUUCCCCAUGUUUUCUAAGUAUUAUAAUGUUCCAAGUGACAAAUUCCUAGCAUUGCCAUGAGGAGCACAUGCACUCCAAAUGCCAAGCACCUAUCUGUAAUGUGUUUUAUAUGAAUGAAUGAAGUUUUUUCCUAGCUUAUU